AUGCCGAAAGCCAAGACACCCAAGAAUCUAGUUGUCGACGGAACCGCGAAGCUUGCCGCUAAGUCGAAGCCCAGUGACAAACAUGAAGCUCCUGAUCUCAACAUCGAAGAAGCUACAGUAGCAUCACCAAGACCAUCGCGUAAGCGCGCAGGCAAUUACUUCGACUUUGAUGAUGACGCAGAUGCGGAACCAUCAAGCAAGCCAGCUGAACCGAAGGCUGUCAAGCCCAACAAAAAGACAAAGACAGCACCUGCUGGUAAAGAGGAAAGAUCAAAUCAAGUUGAAGCGAAGCCAGCCGAGACUGUGAAGAGAGGCAAGAAGGGAAAGGGUGCGAAAGAUGAAGUCGCUGAACCACCAAGCGAGACGAGCAACAAGGGAGUAGAAAAGCAAAAGAGGCCAAGGGGGCCGAAGGUUGCCAAGGAUGAUGUGGCCGAAGAGAAGCCUGAGAGCUCAAACAAGUCGAAGAAGGCGCCCAAGGAGCUAACUGCAGAUGAAAAGCCCAAGACCGACGCUACUUCAAAGACCGCCAAGGCUGAGACGAAGACGAAAGCCAAGAAGUCAAAAGCCGAGAAGGGUGCUGCCGAACAGGAAAGCUCUACCGUCCUUCCAGAUGUUGCUAUGGAUGAAGGGCCAUUUGAGACACUGUUAGAGUCGGGAAAAGGGCAGGCUCCUGGAGCUAUGGAGAAGCAACCCGCUACUCGCCCUCAAGCAACAAAGCCUCCGAAGACUGCCAAGAAACCUGCCAAGGAGUCGAGCAAGAUUGAGUCUGCUAAAGCUUCUGCUGCGGAAACAGCUGCCGACGGCGCAGAUAUUGUGGAGAAAGGGGCCAAGGCUGGGACCGAGAAGGUCAAGAAAGCUGCGAAAUUUAAGGCUCCAGCUACCGAAACAGCUGCCGACGUCGCAGAUAUUGUAAGAAAAGGGGCCAAGGCUGGGACUGAGAAAGCCAAGCAAGCUGCGAAAACCAUGGCUCUAACUGCAGAGACGCCCGCCGGGUUUGCUGAUGUUAUGAAGAAGGAUGCCAAAGCUGGCGCCGAAAAGAUGAACAAAAAAGCGGUUUCAAAAGAUUCUAAGCCCGCCAAGGAUGAUAAGUCCGUCAAGCUCACAGCAUCUACCGAAGAACAAUCGAAGCCUGAGGCGUCCAAAUCCAAGAAGCGCAAGGCCCCCGCGAGCGCAGAUACUGAGAUCGUGAAGACUAACAUUCUCGAUCCGUUGUCUGAGCAUGCUUCCGCAAAGAAGAAACAGAAGAAAGCGAACACCAAGUCCAAAUCCGUCGGAGAUGCUGUAGGAGAUGCUGUAGGAGAGCUCUUAGCAACAGCAACCGAAGGAGCCAACGCCGCAAGAGCCUCCAUUGGAGGUCUUGCUUCUUCGAUCAUGGGAGGCGCUAGCGAAGCAGCGGAGGAGGCAACGGACGCAAAGGAAUCAGCGAAAGCUUCAGCUAAGAAGGCCAAGGGUAAGGGCAAAGCCAUAGCGGAGGACGUAGCUGAAUCUUCUGGCAAGAUAGCAGAAGUUGACGGGCCUGGGGACGCCGACUCGGAAGACGACUCGCACGAUGAGCCGGACGACCAAACCACCGCCCUUCUCGCAGGCUUCGAGAGCGACGGCGACGAAGCACCCGUUCCGGGCUCCGGCUUUCAACAAGGCCAGGAACUCCCUCGGCUGCCUAAAGCGGAGACCACCGCAAAGAAACUCGAGGACGUCAGAAAUGGUGCUAGCGAGGGACCAGGCGUGGUGUACGUAGGGCGUAUUCCUCAUGGCUUCUAUGAGCAUGAGAUGCGGGAAUACUUUUCCCAAUUCGGCGACAUCAGUCGCCUCCGCUUGUCACGCAGCCAGAAGAGUGGUGCUUCCCGGCACUACGCCUUUAUUGAGUUCACUUCGGCUGGUGUUGCUAAGAUCGUCGCUGAUACGAUGGACAAUUACCUCAUGUUUGGGCAUAUCUUGAAGUGCAAGGUAGUAGCAAAAGAGCAGGUACAUGAGCAGCUGUGGAAGGGCGCCAACAAGCGUUUCAAAGCUGUGCCAUGGAACAAGAUUGAGGGGAGGAAGUUCGAGAUGGGACUCGGUAGGGAGCAGUGGGCUGGUAGAAUCGAAGAAGAGAAAAAGCGUAGGGCGUCCAAGAAUGAGAAGACUAAGGAAAUUGGGUAUGAAUUUGAGGCGGGCGAUUUGAAGGGCGUUGACGAAGUGCCCGUCAGAGAUGCAGCGAAGAAGAUCGAGAAUGGGGAGAAGGUCGAAGAGGAGAAGUCGUUGGUGACGGCUGGGGGUGAAGAUGGCAAUGGUCCUGUCGUCGUGAGCGAGGAAGUCAAGACUAAGAGAGUGAAGAAGGUUAAAGGCAGGGCAGAAGAGACCACUACCACUUUGGCAAAAAAGACGAAGAGGGCACUGGAUGCUGGCGAAGAGGUGGUAGGUUCUGCGGUCAAGAAGGCCAAACAAGGGAAGAACGUAGCUGCCUGA